AUGGCGAACUCGAAUAAAUUAUUAAGACAUGUUGUUCUAUUAAAAUUUAAAGAUGAUACAAAAUCGAAUGAUUUGAAAAACGUGGAAGAUGCAUUUUGUGAAUUAGAAAAUAAAAUUUCAUGCAUAAAAUCAUUUGAAUGUGGUCAAAAUGUUAGUAAAGAAGGUUUAAGUCAAGGUUUUACACAUUGCUAUUUAUUAACAUUUAGAAAUGAGCAAGAUCGUGAUGAAUAUCUUGUGCAUCCUGAACAUAAAGCAUUUGUCAAAUUAUUAACUCCAUAUAAGGAGAAAGGACUUGUCAUCGAUUACUGGAACGCGUAA